AUAUUUGAUCGAUCCAGGAUGGCCCCAAAGACUCCCAUCAAGAACGAACCGGUUGAUUUGUCAAAGCAAAAAGGCUGCACCCCAGAAAGAAAUCCAAUUACACCUGUUAAGCUUGUUGACAGACCUCAGCCUGAUCCCUGGACCCCCACUGCUAACUUGAAGAUGCUUGUUAGUGCUGCUAGCCCUGACAUGAGGGACAGGGAAAAGAAGAAAGAGCUCUUCAGACCCAUAGAAAACAGCGAGCAGAGUGACACACCUGAUUCAUUACAGUAUGAUAUGGUAGACGACAGCACGGUUGAUGAAUUUGAAAAGCAGAGGCCCAGCAGAAAACAGAAAAGUUUAGGACUCUUGUGCCAAAAGUUUCUAGCUCGCUAUCCAAGUUAUCCGUUGUCAACAGAAAAAACUACUAUUUCUUUGGAUGAAGUGGCUUCAAUUCUUGGAGUUGAGCGGAGACGAAUUUAUGAUAUAGUGAAUGUCCUGGAGUCCCUGCACUUGGUCAGCCGUGUGGCCAAGAACCAGUACUGCUGGCACGGCCGGCACCACCUCAGCCAAACUCUGAAAAUGCUUCAGGAAGCAGGAGAGCUGCAGUACGGAGAGCUAAUGACCUUCUUCCAGCAAAAGGAGCAGGACUUGGAGUACAAAUUUGGAGAAAGGAAAAAGGAAACUAUUCCCAGUUCUCAAGAGGGACCAUUACUGGACUUUUCAGAACCAGACUGCACCUCUGCAUCUGCAAACAGCAGAAAGGACAAGUCGUUGCGGAUUAUGAGCCAAAAGUUUGUCAUGCUGUUCCUUGUCUCCAAGACCAAGAUAGUCACUCUGGACAUCGCAGCGAAGAUACUGAUAGAAGAGACCCAGGAUACAGUGGACCACAGCAAAUUUAAAACAAAGGUACGGAGACUGUACGAUAUCGCCAAUGUUCUCACCAGCCUAGGCUUGAUCAAGAAAGUUCAUGUCACAGAGGAACGAGGACGCAAACCAGCCUUCAAGUGGAUUGGCCCUGUGGAAUUCCCUGGCAAGACCGAUGAGCCAAGACGGCACAGCCCCAUGUCUGAUCCUCUGCCAGGGACACAGAGAGGAGCCUGUGCCCCUUAUCAGAGCUCUGCUGCUGGAAAGCAAAAGUUUACACGUCACGCUUCAUUUAAUGGCACACAGCCUUGUGAAGGGACCAGAAGGAAGGUCAGCUCUGAGCCCAACAGCCCAUGUCAAGAGAACCAAGCCUGUAUUGGGAAUUCAGAUGAAUAUUGCUCCAAAAAGAUAAAUCUAGCAGCUGUCUGCAGGCAGAAAAAAGAGGAAGAUACCGGGAAUAAAUCAUGUGCCACGGAAACAAUAUUCAAUUCAGCAAGGAACCCAGGCAUAACCUCACCUCUGUCCCUUCUUCCAGUUCCUGGGGACUCUGAUUUUUGUGUUAACCCUCUGCCUCAGGCCGUUUUCCCUGUGGUUCAGGCAGAUGUGCCAAGCCUCUCGCUGUCAAACGGGGUCAGCAGCCAAGCUCUAGAUCCUUCCAGG